ACAUCAAUGCACUUAUAAUAUAAUUGAAUCAGCCCUAGAAGAGAUCCAACACGUCCAAAACUGGAAAGAGAAAAUGACUCAAGAAAUUAGAAACGAGUUAGGACUUAAUAAUGGACCACCAAACAAAGGAAAAGGGAAAGAAACCUUUUUUGAAAUAAAAGAAAAACAAAAGAACUUAGGAAAAUAUAUUUGCAAUAUCUGCAAACAACCAGGACAUACUAAUCGGUAUUGCCCAGAGAAUGAAUGUUAUAAAUGUCACGAAAAAGGACAUCAGGCACGUGACUGUCUUGAAGCAAGAAAUAGAAAUGAUCAUCCAAUCAACAUUAAUAACAGUAGUACCAACGCGACCGCGUCAAACUCUAAAUACUGCACCUACUGCAAAACCACUGGACAUGAAAACCAUCAAUGUAGAACUUCCAAACUCCUGAAAGAAAACGCGAACCUCUUUUGUAAAUGCAAUCCCGAAAGAAUCAUCCGAAGAAGAGAAGAGCAUGUUAAUUGGGCAACAUAUAAUGAACAGCGUGACAAGCAUCAUUGCUGUAGAAAGGAAUGCAAUAGGCCGACAGCCAAAGAAGAUCUUUAUUACAUCAAAGGACUAUUCACAGAUCCUUACACCCUUCAAGUAAUAUACAUUGAAGAAACACUUUACUGUAAAGGAUGUUAUUCCGAGAUGCAUGAAGCAUUGGACUUCAAGGACCCAAGAAGUAAAAAGUACUUUAAUGAACUAGGACAAGGCAGGAAAACCAUCUGCCGACUCUGUGAGAAACCAAACAUAACUCGAAGGAUGGAAAGUCACGACGGAAUGCACUUUUGCAAUAAAGAACAUAAAUUCGCCCAAAUGAUUUUCAAUAAUACGAACCCUACUUUGGAAGGACUAACGAACCAACAACUGGAUGAGAAAAUCAGACGCCUUACCAGAAACAAUACAAAUAUUACUUACAAUAUUAAUGAGUCAAAAAUUAAAAGAAUAAUCAGAUACAUAACAGAAUAUAAAGAAGAUAUGAACAAAUGGCAUCACGAAAAUGAGGACUUUAAAGAAAUAGAUUCUGAAUAUAACAAUGACACAUUUAAUGAUCCAGAAAUCGAUGAAGAUAGUAGACCGAUUAGAACCAACUACUUCACCAGAAUUCACGGACGAGACCUUUUUGAAAACGAACCCAAUGAAUAUGAAGAACUAACAGAUUUAGGAGAUGAUGAAGACUCUGAAAUGCGCGAAGCAAGACUUUUAUCUCUAAACAGAGAUGUAAGAACAAGGCCCAUGACAGAAGCAGAAAUCCGAAAGGAAAUGGAAAAAACGAAAGAACUUUUAAAGGAACGGCAAUUGGGAAACAUAGCACUAUGCAAGGAAUGCUUCAUGCCAAAAGAACAAAAUGAAAAAGGGUAUUGCGAAGACUGCCAAAAGGAAAUCGACGCGAAAGCAGUAAACCUUACUUUCGAAAGAGAACCUGAUGAAUUAAGCACUGAAAAAGAAACUUCAAAAGAAAUACCCAAUGAGGAACAAAAUCUUGAUGAAGAACCCAACAAUCAGAUGGAUUUUGAUGAAGGGAUAGAAGAAAUCCAACGAUCAAGACCAACUUCACCAGGGUAUAAUACUAACCGAAAAAUUGAAGAACUAUACGCUAUAUUCGGACUAAUGGCAGAACAACAAUUCAAACUCACACAAGAAAACAAGGCCCUCACUAGAAGGAUUACAAUUUUGGAACAGUCGACCCUGGAACUCCAAAAUGAAAACCAGAAAUUAAAAAGGAAAUUGAAAGAUACUCAAGAACACGUAAAUCUUGAAGAUCCAUCAGAAGAUGAAACUGAUGAGAUGAAACGCGCAAAACAAUUCAGAAGCCACAAUAUCAGAUACAAUAAUAGAUUCUGA